GCGCGCGAAAAGUAUUCCAAAUGGGAGCGCGUGCAAAGUGAUGCGGGAGACAUGUCCGUCGAAGAAGAUCGAUUCGGUGGAUUCGAUGUGCUGCGGGACGAUGUCGGAGCUAAUGAUGCUUACUUACGGUCGAUGAAUUGAGGAUGAGCUGCUCCAUUUCUCUUCAGAGGUGGAUAAGCUGCUCCAUUUCUCUUCACUGGGGUAGCUUUGGUCUUUCGGGUUUGCGAAUGUCAAGACGCAAAAGCACUCGAUAAUUUGGUCUUUGUGUCGUGGGAUUUGACGUAUCUGGACUUGAGGGACGGACUGGACCAGUUUUGAGUGUUGGGGAGGCCUUGUUGCAGAGAGUUGCUGUGGACGAUUCUGGUCACAAUUGGCUAUGUUAGGGGGGUUGUGAGGAGUGGGUCGUGGUUAUGGAACCUGCCAAUUAUGGGGGCGUGCAAGCACGGCAGCAGGUAAUCAUACAACAGUGCGCGUUGUUGAUAAUGGGGGCGUUUUGGCCCGCUGAUUAGGUCGUCCUCCUUGCUGUAUGUGCCUUGGCCUGCAGCGCGGGGAAUUGAAAACGGAUUGGUUGGGGGGGACUCAAGUCUGUCAAACUCGUUCUUUGUCAGAAGGUGCUGGUCAGUAGGCUACUUCCAUAAUUAUUGUUCUGAAUGUGUAAUUAGGAUGAUCGGAUUAGAUUCUUUUGUCAGAAAGUUUUGGUUUGUCAGGCUCUUCGGUCGGUGAGGCAGGCAGCAAGCAGGUUACAGUGGAGGCACGGGUGAGCUCGGCGAUACGUGGAUCGAGUCCUGACUUUGUUAAAAAAGUUCUGGUCAGUGGAGGCUACUUCCAUUAUUAUUGUGUUACAUACGUAAUUAGGAUUAUGCUAUUAGGUUUGUCAGGCUCUUCGGUCGGUCGGGCAGGCAGCAAGCAGGUUGCAGUGGAGGCGCGGGUUAGCUCGGCGAUACGUGGAUCGAGUCCUGACAUUGUUAACAUCUAGUUGGCGGCGAGUAGAAGAAGGAAGGUGCAACAAUGUUUAGCGCUCCGGAGUCGGCUGUGAAGAUGACUCUGCAGGCCGUAGAGGCGUUCAAGAGAUCCCGGCUGAUUGAUGCAGCAACGUCGGACGACGAGAACAUUACUCCAGUGUACAAGUUGGACGAAAUAUCGGAACUGCUGCGGACGUCAUCGGCUGAAGUAAUCAAGGACGUGAUCGAUCAUUUGCUGAAAAAACUGGAUCACAAAUCCCCUCUUGUGAAGCAGAAAGUAUUGAGGGUAAUGAAGUUUGCGCUGGGAAAGGGAGGACCUGAGUUCAGACGGGAACUCCAGCGACACUCGAGUACCAUUCGUGCCCUGUUCAAUUACAAAGGGCAGCCGCAUCCGUUGCGCGGGGACUCACUUAACAAAGCUGUGAGGGAGACUGCUCACGAUGCAAUUCAAGCGAUGUUCGUUGACGCGCCCAAAGGUGGUGUCGGAUCCAUCGAAGGAGGAACCGGCUUGGGAAAGAGAAUACAGGGUUUUGGAGGUGGAGGUGAAGGGGUGAUGGGAAGAGGGGGUGAAAUUGGGGGAGGGGGAGGUGGCGAGGACCGAAGAGAUCAAAGUGGAUUAUCGGGAAUGAUAGGGCUGGGGAGUGCAUCGUUGCUAUCGGGGCUGGAGAUUGCAACCGAAGUGGCCAGCAACAUCGCAGUAGGCUACCGGUCGGGAUCGGGGACAAGGCGACCCUUGAACUCAGGGAACUCUGCGGAUGAUGGAUGGGGAGCAGAGAGGGGAAGAGGAGACAGUAGGGGGAUUGGAUUUGGGGGAUACAGGGGGGGCAAUGCGGGGGGGGAAAGAGAGGGUAGGGGAGGAGGUGGAGAAUGGGGCAGCAAACAGUAUGGUAGUGGGAGGCAUUCUGGGGAAGAUUGGGGCAGCAGACUCUCUCCAAUGGCAUGCGGAACAGGGGACACGAGUGGGGCAUUGAGGAGCCCAAGAGAAGCAGGAGGUGUAGAGAACAGACCAGCAGUGGGUAGUGAGGCGGGGAAAGCAGCAGGGGGUGUCCAUGUGGGUGUGCCGUUGGAGGAAGACAGACUUGUUGAGAGGAUGACAAUGCCAGGAGGCGUACGGCUGCAGCCAACGACAGAGGCUCUGCGUGAGUUUGUGAACACUGCUCAGCGGUUGGAUGGCUUUCAUCUGGCCAAGGCAUUCGAUAGGCAAUUACGUGCUCAUGCCUGGCAGUCGCGGCUGAAGGCUUUGUACGCGUUGGAAGCACUGCUGAGGGUUGGAAAGGAAGGCGGCCCUACAUGUAGCGCAGAAGCUGUCUAUAACUAUUUUGCCAAUGAUGCCAACUCGGUCGUCGACUGCCUUUCGUUGAUUCAGACGUCUGUCCGCGAGCGGGCGAAGAAAGUCUUGGAGUUGCUGACCCCCCCUGAACGGCUAGAAGAGGGCGAAUCGAGCAAGCACCAGACGGGAUCCCGUGAUAGUGGGGCGGCUGGGAUCUCGACUGCUGCCGCUGCUGCUGCCGCAACUGUCAGGGUGGUGCCAAAAGAGCCCCUCAUUGACAUGGGGGAGAAUGAUCUGCUGGGUGAGAUGGAUGGCGUGAACAGUGCAGGCCCUCCUUCGCGAGAGGAUGAAGCUCCAGGGGAUGGGAAUGUCUCUAUCACCGCUUCACCCCCAUCUGUUGUCACGACAGUGCCACAUGACUUGCUAGGGCAGGACCUCUUAUCUGAUGGGCAUUUACAUGUUGGGGCCCCGACGGUGGGCCUGUCUCUGGGAGAAUCUGGAGGGUCUGAUGGGGAUCCUGGUGGUUUGUUUUCCGGACUGGAUGUGGAUGGAGGGAAUUGUAGUCGAGGCGAUGUCAGUGGAGCUGGAGGAGAUCCGGUGGGCAAUUUGUUUGGGGAUUUAACGCUGGCAGCCUCUCCAUCACCAACAACCGCGUCAACAGCAUCAACAGCAUCAACAGCAGCAGCUGGAGGGCCCAACAAGGCACAGUUUUCCCAGGUUUCAGCAGCUUCUGGUGGUACCAGGGCAACAGGAGCCCUAACAGAAGGAACGCAUGCAGAUGGUGAAGUAGCAGUAGCGAGGGGCAAGGCAGCAGGGGGUACCACAGUAGGUGCAGCAGAAGCAUUCAAGGGACUCGGAUUGCAGCGGCCAAACAUGAAACCAAUGCGACCACGGAUAAGUGCCACUCGGGGAUCCGGAACUGGGGGACAGGCUAGCGUACAUCAACCGGGAGCAGUGCGAGGGGCCGUGGUUGUGCCGCAGAUGGCGGUGUUGGGUACGAGUGGAAUGGUAGGAGUGGGAAUGGGUGUUGGCUUGUGUUCUUCCCCUCAAGGGAUGGUACCGGUGCAACUUGUACCGGGUACUGCCUUUGUGCCGACACAACUCAUCUCACCAGGAAUGGGAAUGGCAGGCAGGGGGGUGGCAGCUGCAGGGGGGACUGUAAAUGGUAGCGUCACCGAAGUUGGGGGAGCUGGCAUGGGCAUGAGAAUGGGUCCGCUUGGACUGAACAUGAGGGCGCUGGGGAAUUACUGCUCAGACUUUAUGGGGGACGCAACAACACCAUCUCAACUUUUGUCAGCAGAGUCGACAAAGAAGAAGGAGACAAAGGCGUUUGAUUUUAUUUCGGAUCAUGUGUCGGCUGCGGCUAAGCAGAAGCAAACUUCCGGCUAAGCAGACAGGGAAGCCAUACAGUAGGGACUGGAGGUAUGUGGAUGUAUUUAGGGCCAAAUCGAACCAUAAACUUGUGGUCUGAGUAUGGUCAAAGGAUGGAAUAAAGGCUCUGUAGUGUGAGUAUGAUCAAAGAGGAGUGGAAUAAAGGCUCUGAUGCAUGCACUCGUAUGUGCCUGCUUGAGCACAGGGAUUUAUGAGCUGCUGUGUGUGUGUGUGCACACGUGUGUGUGUGUGUGUGUGUGUGUUGCUAUGUGAGAUGCAAGGUGUGGAGCGGGAAGGGAGCAGUGUGAGGUGAUGGAACGGAGGCCAGGAAACAUGAGAUAGGGGUAAUGAUGGGGGAAGGAGGAUUGGUUGCCAGUAACUUGUCACUGGAGGUUCUUGAAUGUGUACCGACUGUUGCUGAAGUUGGUUGAUGCGCGAUGGAUUCUGGACAGGUGGAGUAUGUUAUUGGUUAUCUUUUUUUUGAUGUUAUUGGUUAUCUUCUUUUUGGUGGUCUUAUGUUAUUGGUUAUCUUUUUUUUAAUGUUAUUGGUUAUCUUCUUUUUGGUGGUCUUAGUGGUGAUUGUGAGCAUGACUUGGAAUUCUUUGUGCACCCUUUCCUUGCCUUCCGGUUGUAGGGUCCACCAUGACGUGUGUUCGAGAUGUUAGUUGGUGGUGCAUAGGUUUUCUGGCUCAGAUGAUACAAAAUGCAGGUCCAUUUGUGUUGAUAAAGCCCUGUUGCUCGA